CGGACGAACCAAGAGGCUUGCAGGGAGUUACCUGCGGGGAAGUUACGGGCGUGGUUUGAGUUUCACCUGUGAUUGCUUUAGAAGAGGAAUCUAUUCGGAAGAGAGGAGUGGCCGAGCGGGAGCGAAGAGGAUUUGGGUCAUGGAGCCCAUCUCGACGUGGACUCCUAAGAUAGUGGUGGCUUGGUUGACAGGCUUGGAUCCAGCAUUGCAAGAUUACCCAUUGGAGAUGUGGAACUUGAAUGGAAAGCAGCUUCUUCGCCUGUCCUAUCGGGACUUGGAGGAUUUGGGCAUGAGUUGCAUUGGUCAUCAGGAACUGCUUCUGGAAGCCGUGGAACAGCUCUGUGUGUUGAACUAUGAGCUGGAGACGUCCAACUUGCGAACACUCACUGAGAAGCUGCAAGGGGUCGUUCAGACCAUCUGGGCUUUCAUCCUGAGCCAUAGGAAAGUGAGUACCUACAAUGGGGAUGCAGUGGAGAAGCCCUCUUUGGCGCUGCUGGCCUGUGUUGUGGAGCUGAUCGGUGCAGCGAAGGGCCUGUUCUUGUGGCUCAACAGGUACCUUUUCUCCCACCUGAAUGAUUAUUCAGCCAGCCGAGACAUCAUCUGGCUCUGUGGAGAUCUAGCAGAGAUCAUUCAGAAGGAAUGCACAGUCUCUGAAAGAGAAGACCGGAUAUUACUGAUAGGCAAGCACAUAUCGGGGAUCUGUGAGCACAUCUUGAGUUACAGUCCAGCCAACCUUCUGAAUCAAACUGCUGUCUUGGAGACGGUGACACUUGAACAAGCAGAUCCAGAAGACAGCUUGGGCAUCGAGAUCAAAUCCUCUUCCACCUGUCUCCAUUUCAUAUCAGGGACUGCUCCAGAGUCUCCGGUUGAGCACUACAACAGAGUCCUCCCAGGGGAUGAGAUAAUCCAAGUCAAUGACCAAGUGGUGGUGGGUUGGACUCGGAUGAAUCUGGUGAAGAAGCUGCUUGAGACACCAAGUCGAGUGACUUUGGUGCUGAAGAAAACCCCACUCAGUCUCUCCAUUCCCAGUUACCCUGGGUCUCCUCAGAAGCAGCCAGAAGACUGCUUUUCAGAUGCUGCAGAAUCCCUAAGCUCAAGGAGUGACGAGUCUCCAAACAGUUCUGCUUCCCUCUCUUCCAGAAGCAUGGCUGCUGAACUGGAAGAGAGGGGUUUGGCAUUAGAAAUCCCAGCUGCAGAACAGGAUAGAAUGGCUUUGAGUCAUGUAGCUGAAGAGGAACUCCUUGGUACAGGAGCAUCCGUUGAUCCUGCACUGGAAGACCAGAGUCUUGGGGCAGACUCCAAGGAAUACAACAAAACCCCAGAUGCUGCCACUCUUACCAAACCCAGUACUCUGGACCUCGCAUCUCUGGACUCUGCAAGCCCUGGGAACGGAUUUAUCAGAGGAAGUCCAGGUCUGGGAUCAGCUGAUUCUUCCAGACAGGGCAGCAUUGAAUAUCGGCGGAAGCAAAAGGGAAUGGCUACUCGUCUGAGUCGACGGCGGAUCUCCUGCCAGGAUCUGGGGCAAGUGGACUGCGAUGGUUGGCUUCUGAAGAAGAAAGACCACGUGGGCUUCAUGGCCCAGAAGUGGAAGCGGUUCUGGUUUGUGCUGAAAGGACAAGCCCUCUAUUGGUACAGCAACCCCAACGAUGAGAAGGCCGUAGGCCUGAUCAAUGUGUCAACCUACAAACUGGAAAGCACCAAAGAGCAGAAAAAGAAAUAUGUUUUCCAGCUCACGCACGAGACGUACAAGCCCUUCAUUUUUGCAGCAGAGACACUGUCCGACCUAAGCAUGUGGGUUAGUCAUUUGAUCACAUCGAUGAUGAAGUAUCUGCCAGUCUCUAAACCUGGUCCACAUAAUCAAGAAGAUUGCUACAGCGAGACAGAAGCAGAAGACCCUGAGGAUGACUCGCCAAGACCUAACUUUGAUGAGCAGCCCAAACGGAGGGAUUUGGAACGAGACCAACUGCUAACAGGGAGUAACGAAACCCCAAGUGGAAGUCCCCUCAACAGCCCACUCUCAAGGCAAAGAGCAGAUAGGAGUCCGACACCCUCUCCCACAGACCCUGCUGGAGAAGAGCUUGAGUCCUUGAUCAAGUGUUUGAAGCAAGGGGGUGUCUCUCUCAUUGGCAAGCAGCAAACAUUCACCCGUGAGCAGUACCGGAAAUCUUUCAUCAAACGUAACAAGAACCCGGAGAUAAAUGAGAAGGUGCAUCUCAUCCGGACCCUUCAAAGUACUCUCAAGGCAAAAACUACUGAACUCCAACUACUCAAUGCUCUCCUGGAUGACUCUGAACUGACCUCUGAGAAAUUCAGGCACUGGAAAGUACAAAAUCAGGAACUACUUCAGGAAAUGCAGUCAUGGUGGGCUCCAGUGGUCAGGCAUGAAAGCAGUGCCAGAACAGACAGAGUCUCUGCUAUCAGCUCAGAAGAUGCCAUGGUGACUCCAUAAACUCUUAUUGUCAGGACAGUUAUAUUUUGUGGGAUAAAGAAUCCUUCCCCACAAAGCUCCAGAGGGAUCUUCUCAGUUUGCAGUAAGAGCGGAAUGUCAAAUAACCCACUUUAGAGCUGAGAGGAAGAAGAUUUUUA